AUGGCGAAACAACUGGUCGCUACGACGUCUGAUGACCACCAGGGGGCGCGCAUGGAACAUAGGAAGGUGUCAGUGGAGGGCGAUGGCAGCAGGCGGCAGAGCACAGGACAUGGCAGAUGUCAGCCGCAGUGGGAUGGUGGUGCAGGCACCGCCAAUGUGGAAGGAAACAACAUUCUUGGGCUGUCCUUCCCAAGAACGCUUUGGAGGAUAGUGGAGUACAACGCCUUCACGUCUCUGUGCUCGAAUGAUGACGGAGACACCGUGAUCAUUGAGGAAAAUCUUUUCCAGAGGGAGAUUCUUUGCCGAAGGGGCGAGGAACAAACCUUUGAAUCAAAAAGCCUGAAGAGUUUCAUCCGCUUGUUGAACCACCAUGGUUUAAACAAAAUAUGCCCAGGCAACUCUUCAGUUUGCUUUCCAGGGAACAAGAUAAUGAGAAAGAAGAAGAUGGCCCCCACAAGACACUCCCCAAGAAUACACCACGAGGACGGCAGCAAAGAAGCUGAACAAAAGGCUCAGGAGACAGGCAAGAAUGAUUGGGGACCCAAUGCCACUCAGGCAUUCGAGUUCUCAGUUCCUCAGCCCAUGGGCAGUGCCAGGGAGGUCCAGUGUCCAAGUGCAGCAAGUAGUUCAAGUGGGGAGGGCACAUCUGGAAAUGUCAUGUUUGUGCCCAGGGCUACUGCCAGAACCGACGGCACAGGGGAUCUGUCCUCCACCCCCCCAAAUGAACCACUACAAGUUUCAGUGAUGUCUUUGUACAACAUCUGCUAUUCUACACUGAUCACUGGCCUUUCAGUCAUGGCUCCAUCAGAGGACCCUGACCAGGCUGAGGAGGAGCAGGAGGGCUCCUCAGAUAACAAGUGUUCAGUCUGUGAGCAGUUCAAGGACAAUGCAGGCCCAUAA